AUGCAGGAGUCUGAGGCAAGCGUAUACCAGUUGCAGCCCAACAUCAUCUCGGUGCGCCUCUUCAAGAGGAAAGUUGGCGGCCUGGGCUUUCUUGUGAAGCAAAGGGUCUCCAAGCCGCCCGUGAUCGUGUCUGACCUGAUCCGGGGCGGGGCGGCCGAGGAAUGCGGCCUAGUGCAGGUGGGCGACAUCGUCCUGGCGGUUAACAAUAAGCCUCUGGUGGAGCUGAGCUACGAGCGUGCGCUGGAGACACUAAAGAACGUGUCGCCCGAGAGUCACGCAGUGCUGAUCCUGCACGGGCCCGAGGGCUUCACCACCCACCUGGAGACCACUCUGUCAGGGGACGGUCGGCCCCGCACUGUGCGGGUCACCCGACCUGCCUUUCCACCUUCCAAAUCCUACGAGAAUUGCUCCCCUCAGCUAAGGACCAUUAAGAACCUGUCGUCGCCAUCCAUCACGCUGCUGGCCACCCAGGAUCCCCUGCUGGUGAGGGAGGGGGGCCGCGGCGGUGGCCUGUUCUGUAACGGGCUGGAGGACAACAAUGAGCUGCUGAAGGAGAUCGAGCCUGUGCUGCGCCUCAUCAGGAACACUAAGAAGGAGAUCAACGGCGACAGCCAGAGGAACACCGCCAGCAGAGACGCCGAGAUCCAAGUGGCCUGGGACCUUGGCGUGGGCAACGGGACUUCACCGCAACUGUCGACCGAGAACAAAAGAAGACGGGACAACAUGCCGGUGGUGCUGCACAACAUUGAGGCCGAGCAGGGGUCCGAUGUGGGUAAGACGUCGCCCACCAAGACGGUCCAGAACGGAAGCCCCUCCAAGUGCCCCCGAUUUCUCAAGAUCAAGAACUGGGAGACGGGAAGCGUCCUGAAUGACACGCUCCACCACAGCUCCACAAAGAUGCCUACAUGUGGCGAGAAUGUGUGCCAGGGUUCUAUCAUGAUGCCCAACCAGCACACCCGCAAGCCUGAUGAAGCACGGCCCAAAGAAGAGCUCCUGACUUUGGCCACAGACUUCAUCGACCAGUACUAUACCUCCAUCAAAAGAUACAGCUCAAAGGCUCACAUGGACCGACUGGAGGAGGUGACCAAGGAGAUCGAGACGUCAGGAACGUACCAACUUAAAGAUACAGAGCUCAUAUAUGGCGCCAAGCACGCCUGGAGGAACGCUGCCCGUUGCGUGGGGAGGAUCCAGUGGUCUAAACUGCAGGUGUUUGACGCAAGGGACUGCACAACAGCUCAUGGAAUGUACAACUACAUCUGCAACCACAUCAAGUACGCUACCAACAAAGGCAACCUGAGGUCGGCCAUUACCAUCUUUCCUCAAAGGACGGACUGCAAGCAUGAUUACCGUGUGUGGAACUCUCAGCUCAUACGCUACGCCGGAUACAAACAGCCCGACGGCAGCAUCCUGGGGGACCCGGCUAAUGUUGAAUUUACUGAGAUUUGCAUGCAGCUUGGGUGGAAGGCACCCAAAGGUCGCUUCGAUGUGUUGCCCCUCCUGCUGCAGGCCAACGGGAACGACCCAGAACUCUUUGAGAUCCCCGAAGACUUGGUCCUAGAGGUGCCGAUCACGCACCCCAAGUACGAGUGGUUCAAGGAUUUGGAUCUGAAGUGGUACAGCUUGCCUGCAGUCUCCAACAUGUUGCUGGAGAUCGGAGGACUGGAGUUCACCGGCUGCCCCUUUAGCGGCUGGUACAUGGGCACCGAGAUUGGCGUCAGGGACUUCUGCGAUAGUUCUCGCUACAACAUUCUAGAGGAUGUCGCUAAAAAGAUGUCCUUGGAUACACGGAAGACUUCUUCUUUAUGGAAAGACCAAGCUCUGGUGGAGAUCAAUAUUGCAGUACUCCACAGUUUUCAGGUGUGCAAAGUGACCAUCGUAGACCACCACUCGGCCACGGAGUCAUUCAUGAAGCACAUGGAGAACGAGUACCGGGUGCGCGGUGGUUGCCCAGGCGACUGGGUGUGGAUUGUGCCGCCCAUGUCGGGCAGUAUCACGCCCGUCUUCCACCAGGAGAUGCUCAACUACAGACUCACGCCCUCCUUUGAGUAUCAGGUGGAUCCGUGGCACAGUCACGUCUGGAAAGGAGUCAACGGGACGCCUACCAAGAAACGAGCCAUUGGCUUCAAGAAACUUGCCAAGGCGGUGAAGUUCUCAGCCAAGCUGAUGGGCGCUGCCAUGGCCAAGCGCGUCAAAGCCACCAUCCUGUUCGCCACUGAGACGGGCAAGUCUCAGGACUACGCCAAGACGCUGUGUGAAAUCUUCAAGCACGCUUUUGACGCAAAGGUGAUGGCCAUGGACGAGUACGACGUGGUGGACCUGGAACACGAGACGCUGGUGCUGGUGGUGACCAGCACAUUCGGCAACGGCGAUCCACCUGAGAACGGAGAGAAAUUCGGCGCUGCCUUGAUGGAGAUGCGGCACCCGACAACAAACACCGAAGACAGAAAGACCUACAAAGUUCGUUUCAACAGCGUGUCCUCAUACUCUGAUACCAGGAAGUCGUCCAGCGAUGAGCCAGAAGCCAAAGUCAACUUUGAGAGCACCGGACCGCUCGCCAACGUCAGGUUCUCGGUGUUUGGCCUUGGCUCGAGGGCCUACCCACACUUCUGCGCCUUUGCCCACGCUGUGGACACGCUGUUCGAGGAGCUCGGGGGGGAGCGCAUCCUCCGCAUGGGCGAGGGAGACGAGCUGUGUGGCCAGGAGGAGUCCUUCAGAACUUGGGCCAAGAAGGUUUUUAAGGCCGCUUGCGACGUUUUCUGCGUGGGCGACGACGUCAACAUCGAGAAGGCCAACGACUCACUCAUCAGCAACCACCGCAGCUGGAAGAAAAGCAAGUUCCGCUUGACGUACACCGCAGAGGCGCCUCCUCUCACUGACGCACUCUACAGCAUCCAUAAGAAGCGAGUUUACGCAGCCAAAAUGCUGGAAUCGCAAAACCUCCAAAGUCCCAAAUCCAACCGCUCUACAAUUUUUGUCCGGCUCGACACCAACGGGCACGAAAAGCUUUGCUAUCACCCGGGCGACCAUCUGGGCAUCUUCGCCGGCAACCACGAGGAUCUGGUCACGGCGCUUGUUGAAAAACUGGAGGAUGCGCCCGAUGUCAAUCAAAUCGUUAAAGUGGAGUUCCUGGAGGAGAGGAACACCGCGCUGGGGGUCAUCAGUAACUGGACCAAUGCCAGCCGUAUCCCACCCUGCACCAUCUUCCAGGCCUUCCAGUAUUUUCUGGACAUUACUACGCCACCCACUCCUGUACUCCUGCAACAGUUUGCCACCCUGGCGACUAACGACAAACACAAGAAGAGACUGGAGGUGCUCAGUAAGGGGCUGCAGGAGUAUGAGCAAUGGAAAUGGUUUAAUACGCCUACCCUGGUGGAGGUCCUAGAUGAGUUCCCAUCAGUGCAGUUGCCGUCGACGCUGCUGCUCACCCAACUGCCUCUGCUACAGCCGCGCUACUACUCCAUCAGCUCGUCACCUGACGUUCACCCAGGCGAGAUCCAUCUCACCGUUGCUGUCGUCUCUUACCGGGCCAAAGACGGAGAAGGCCCAGUCCACCAUGGCGUUUGCUCAUCGUGGCUUAACAGGAUCGAAAAGGGUGACAUGGUGCCCUGCUUUGUGCGAAGCGCGCCGUUGUUCCGGCUUCCUAAAGACCACCAAGCACCUUGCAUCCUGGUUGGCCCUGGGACGGGCAUCGCCCCCUUCAGGAGCUUCUGGCAGCAGAGGAUGUUUGACCUCCAGCACAAAGGUGUGGAGUCCCGGCCCAUGAUUCUGGUGUUUGGAUGUCGUCAGUCGGAAAUGGACCACAUCUACAAGGAGGAAACCAUUCAAGCCAGGAACAAGGAGGUCUUCAAGGAGCUCUACACCGCCUAUUCUAGAGAACCUGGAAAACCAAAGAAAUACGUGCAGGACAUUCUUCGCGAGCAUCUGUCCGAGCGAGUUUACCGGUGCCUGCGCGAGGAGGGCGGCCACAUGUACGUGUGCGGAGACGUCACCAUGGCGGGAGACGUCCUCAAAACCGUGCAGCAGAUCAUUAAACUCCACGGAAACAUGAGCUUGGAGGACGCCGGCUUCUUCAUCAGCAAGCUGAGGGACGAGAACCGCUACCACGAGGACAUCUUUGGCGUUACCCUGCGCACGUACGAGGUCACCAACCGCCUCCGCUCCGAAUCCAUCGCCUACAUCGAGGAGAGCAAGAAAGAUUCUGAUGAGUAG